CGACAAAUCGACCGUGAAGUGUACGAGGAUUUAUCGGACGCUGGCAACACUGUGGCCUUUAAGUUCCGAGUGAAGAAGACACUGGCCGACGGAUCCACUGUAUCUGUGUUGAAACGUGUGUUGUCGAGGCGAUUUCGCGAUAACAACCAAGUGGUGAUCAUUUGGAAGAUCUUUUCAGAGGGCGAAGGAAUCUUCAGUGGGAUGGAUGCCAAUGAGACUAUUUGGGUUCGUAUCCGACCAUACUUGGGUGGAGUGAUGAAAGACGCUUGUUCGAGACAAUCACCAGUACAGCACGUAGCGAUUAACACCGAUGUGUUGGCGGUAAAGGCGUUUCGGACUAUGAUGCAAGACAUGGUUGUUGAGGACGCUGGAGAAUGCGCCCGGUUGCUGCGUGAGUUUUUACGGGAUGGAGUUUUACCAAAUAUUGAGCAUGAACUUUAAUUGUUACAAUCAGGAAUUCCGGGUAUACUUACAAUGCGUUCAGUGCAACAAGCCGUCAUUAAUUCCACAACACUUACAGCCUUAGCGCAUGGCUUUUUACGUAAUAUAAUCGAAGAGGCUUGGUUCUAC